CAAGAAACUUAUCAAAAGAUGAGGUCUGUAGGGCCCUGGAUGGCGGCGUGAUUUCAAAAAUUUGAUUCCUGCGCAAGUUGUUGUUCCAUGCAUGCCCAUAUGGCAGCCGGGGAUCGCUUUUCUCUGGCUCAGCAUGUAAACGAAAGCCGUGAAGGCCUUGAUCCUAACAACUUCCCUGAGUUAGAGCAGAUUGUCAGCCGCGUGAAGGGCACCCAGGAUCCCGAAGGGGAUAUCAAAGCCUGGAUUGAAAAGUUAUAUGCGGAGUCUCGAGGUCUUGAUCUCGGGACCUUUGGAAACAAUAUUCUCUGCAAUGCUUUCAAGGAGCAGACCGGCAAAUGGGAAACCAUGACCCGCGGACACGUGAGUAAUGUCAUCAUGGUAGUUCACCGUUUUUUGAGUACGGCAUUGGGAAAGAUUUGCGGGAGCAAACAGCUCUAUCACAAGAUUUGGUCCAGCAUUCUCGAUGACCUUCUACAAAGCUAUAAGAAUGCCAUGUCCCAGGCGAUGUUCCUUCUGUCCGUUGAGAGAAACCGCCGACCAUAUACGCUAAACAAUUAUUUCAACCAUACCCUCCAGAAACUGCGCAGUGCCCGUGUUGCUCAGGCAUUAGAGGACAAUGCCAGAAAUAUAAAUGAUACUUGGUCAAACGCAGAAAUAAAGGUGGUCGAUCUAGAUGCUGUCAAGAAGUCUGCGAGCGACCAGGGGAAUGUGGAACAUAUCACAGGGGAAAUCCAUGACAUCCUGUGGUCCUACUAUCAAGUCGCACGCGAAAGAUUUGUGGAUAAUGUUCACAUGCAGGCAAUCGAGCAUUGUCUCCUGACUGGUCCUGAGAGCCCCCUCGAAGUCUUUAGCCAGGAAUGGGUCAUCAAUCUGGGGUCGGAUGAGCUGGGAGCAAUCGCCGGUGAAUCGCAAGCGAUUAAAGCGCGGCGUGCCAACCUGAAGCAAAAGAUGGAGGAUUUGAAGUCUGCUCUCCAGACCUUGAAGUUUUGA